AUGCGAAUGAGUGAUAGGGAGGCUGGCCCAGCCAUUCGAGCAAGACUCGAGCCCUUGGGCCGGACAGCUCUCAGCAUCAUUUAUGCCGACAAAACCGAACCCCAAGUGGCUAUAAAAGCCACCGGCUUCUGGCUAGAUGGGGAGAUGUAUGACCACGCAGCUCUUGCUGAGGAUACCAGCGAGACGUUCAAGCGCGAAGCCGCCAUAUACGAUGCGCUAGGCGCUCAUCCACAUAUCCUUAAAUCAUUCGGUGCUGCAUAUCUCCCCGCCAUCGAGGACGAAGGAUCGGAUCCCAAAGGUGACGAGGAGAGAGAAGCCUGGGCCUUGAAACUCGAGAGAGCCCCGCACGGCAACCUCCGUCAGCGCAUCCUUCAGGGUGAUGCACUACCUAUGGCUGAGCGCUUGAGAAUGGCAUUGGACCUUGCAGACACCUUGCAGUAUGUGCAUACCCGAGGCGUGAUUUGGGGUGAUAUCUCGACACGGAACAUCCUUCUCUUUGACGACCACCACAUCAAACUUAGCGACUUUGCUGGUUCCAGUCUACGCGAUGUAUAUCCAGACCUGCUCUUUGCAUAUGAGCCUCGCUAUUGGAUACCUACGAUUUAUUCUCCAGGCCCACAGAGAAGUAUUUUUGAGAAGGAAUUGUUCGCACUUGGCACUGGUAUCUGUGAGAUUACUGAAUGGGAGGUACCAUAUGGCGAGAUUGAGAUUGAAGAGUUGCAGGAGAAGUUAAUGCGUGGAGAGUAUCCCCAUGUACGUGAGGACAACCCGGCACGGGAUAUCAUUCAAGGUCUGUGGAAUCUGGACUACAGUUCUGUUCAGGAGGUUGCCGAUGCGCUUCGCAGACUCAUACCUACUGCAUAG